AUGAAAAUUGCGGGCAUGUUCAAAUGCCAUCUUUUUAAUAUCCGUCAAACUUCCGGGAGCCGUCUCAGCCCUACGCUCCGCCCGUGGCUGUCAGUGUCAACCCCUCAGCGGGCGGACGCUUUGAGAUUGGCCGACUCCGAGCCGAGGCUGGACUCUACCGGAGCUAGUAGCCGGCACGUUGAGCAUCACGAUGCCCUUAUGAGAAGCUGUCUCAGCCGCAGCAAACAUUGA